AUGGCUAAGGAAACACUAGAAGAAGCCAAGCAAAACGAAGAAGAAUCCAAUAAGAAACAUCAAUAUGGAGACAUAUCAAACAGAGGUGGCACUGCACAAUUGUUUGAUCUAAAUGAGAAUGCAGAUUUUGUCCAUGGAAUCAGAAAUUAUAUGAAAGGAAUCAUAAUUGAUCCUGAGAUAAUUAUUCAAAGAACUGGUCGUAUUCUGAAACUUUGUGUAUAA